AAAAAAAAAAAAGAAAGAACAAACACCCCCCUAAUGACAUUUUUGGUUCCACGCAAUAGCUCUACACACAGACAGAUACAGAGAAGAAGAAGAUGAAGAAGGAGAAGGGAGUGGUGAUAGACGACAAUCAGAGCCGUAAUACCCAUCAACAUGAAGAUGACUUCCCUACCCCUGCUAUCAAAUUCUCCACCCGCAAUGCUUCCUCCAAAUACGAUUUCGUCAAGGUGAAGGUUUGGUUGGGUGACAAUGCCGAUCACUACUAUGUCCUCUCUAGAUUCUUGCUCAGCAGAAUGUUAACUGUCACUAAGAUUCCCAAUCAUGUGGCCAUUAAAAUUGCCCUUGAACUCAAAAAGCUGCUCAUAGACAAUAGCCUUUUGGAUGUCUCUCAAUCCGAUCUGGAAGCAAAUUUGUUUAAGCUCAUGGAGCGGCGAGGUUAUGGUGAAGAGUAUAUAAACCGUUAUAAAAUGAUGACAAGAUUUCACCAUCAAAGAGUACCAUUGGUCAUCCUUGUAUGUGGUACUGCAUGUGUUGGGAAGUCCACAAUUGCUACCCAACUUGCACAAAGGCUGAACUUGCCAAAUGUCUUGCAGACAGAUAUGGUCUAUGAAUUGCUACGCACAGCAACAGAUGCACCAUUGGCAUCUUCCCCUGUAUGGGCACGAGAUUUCAACUCCCCUGAGGAACUAAUUACUGAAUUUUGUAGAGAAUGCAGAAUAGUUCGAAAAGGUUUGGCUGGUGAUCUGAAGAAAGCAAUGAAAGAUGGCAAACCCAUUAUUAUAGAGGGUUCACAUUUGGAUCCAAGUAUUUACCUCAUGGAUGAUGAGAAUAAAUUACCAACUGACAUGCCCGCAAAAGCUGAAGAACCAAAUUCUGUGACAUCAGACGAUAAAAAUGUGACACAAAUGGAAAGUAAUUCUUCCAUUCUUUGUGAUAGUCAUAGUGAGAACACAAACCGCUCUCCUCAGGAUGCAAGGUCAAUGGAGGAGACUAAUGCUGACCUGUUGAAUAAGGUUUCUGAUUGUCUAGAAUCAAUUAACAUUGCUGAAAGUGUUUCUGAUGAUAAAGGUGAAACAAUUAAAGGCCCGGAGACAGACACAAAUCCCCCUGUUAGAAAAGAAAAGUCUGGUCCUGAACCAAUAAUUGUACCUAUAGUCCUAAAGAUGGCUGAAUUUGACCAUAAGGCAUUGUUAGAGGAGUGGAUAUCUACUCGAACAUUCAGCGACAAAUGUCUAAUUCAGGACAAAGAUAAGCUAAUAAGCAACCUAAAAACGAUUCAGGACUAUCUUUGCUCUUUCAAGUCACAGGGUUUAACAGUUGUCAAUAUAUCAGCAACAACAUUUCCACAAACACUGGAUUGGCUACAUAGUCAUCUUCUUCAGUGUAUUGAGCAAGGUAUAUUGUCUGUUUCUGAUGGAAGCGCUAAGCAGCCAGCUGGGAAUUAGAUUGUAUGCCAUACGUAAGAGUUUGCUUGUUCGGACCAAUGAGGAAAAACAAAGUUGCUGCCGAUGGUGUUAAAGCCAGAAAUCAAACCUCGGAAGUUCUGGACAAGGACAGACUGGAGGCUGCCGAAAUUGUCAGCCUAGCUUAUUUGACAGGCAUAAUAUGGGACCGUCGUAGAAAUGGAGAAGCCCCCAUGAAAUGGUUCGGUAAAUUAUUAUAUUUGAGAUUUGUCUCCUUUUCAAAGAGUUUACCAUUGUAAGAGAUGUAGGGCUUGUUAAAGAUGAUUGCUUAUAGAUAUUGAAUGUUCGUCUUUCUUUGAAUUUCUCCCUAGAAUCUGGAAGUUUACUUUCUUUGUGAAAAUUUAAAGGGAAAAAUACACUUGCCCUCUUCAAAACUGUCAUAUUUGUUUCACUUUACCUCCUGAACUUUCAAUUUGCAUGAUUACUCCCAUAAACAUUUGACAUUA